AUGGGAGAAGAUCUCGUCAAACAAAUCAUGAACGAAAUUUACGUUCAGGCUCACGAUGCAAGAGACGUCUACUUUCAAUGGGCCGUGAACCGGCAUGAAAUCUUCUACACCAACAUGCUACCGGAACAUCCCGCUGACCGAAGAUACAAAAAACUGGUCGAGAUGGAAACGGAGGUCAUCAACCUUACAAAGGCUAAGAGCGUCUUGACCGCUCUUCGAAUAAGUAAGAUGGUCGAACCGCAUGCCCAGUUACUAGGUCUCACCGAACAUAUUCAACACCUUUGUGAAAAACACAUCCCAGGGACGGAGGAUUCUCAAUUCGAGAUCUUGGUGCUGGAUAUGCUUACCAUUAAAGAACAAGAACUGACUGAUGAGCUUGCACGGUUGGAAGCGGAACCCGAGCACCAAGAGGCGUCGCUCUUCUCCAGAUCUAAUCCUGAGGAUGAUGGCAGUCCGAAUCCGAACGAAACCGAGCAUAUCUCCCCUCAACAGGAACCCGUCAUCAACAACACCGAACUCGGAACGGGUACACCACCCGCUGAUCAACAUGCAUCUCCGCAAAUCGACAAUGCAUCGGUACCGGCUGUAACGGAAGAAAGGGUCAAGGACAUAAUCGAAGAAUUUGUCAACAGAGCCAUCUUUAUGUGGCAAAAGAAGAUAAAAGAAACCACGACUAAAUCCAUCGAGAUGAUUGAGUCUACAAAUAAACAGCUGGAAGCCGCGGUUGGACGGAUUACGUCCAUUGAGGACAAAUACGGUCUUACCGAUCUUUUGUUCAGCGACACAACUGACAGAACUAAGUCAUUGGAAGCCACAACUAAGAAGAUGGAAACCGAUAUCUCUCAUACCAACCAAAGGGUCGGUUUGAUAGAACUACACCUCAUAACAACCGAUCAAAGGCUGAAUAAGAUUGAAGGGGAUCAGUCUCAAUCCGGUGUCCAGGCCGGAUCCAUACUCGAAGAAAUGGCAACGCUUAAAGAGAAGCAUGCCAAGACCGAAGCCGAUCUAAAGGCGGUCAUCGAACAACUGACGGAGUUGGUUGCGGCAAAGCUGGCAGCCGACAAAGCACUUGAAGAAGCGAAUGAAAUCGCGGCUCAAAAGAUUCAAGAUGCCCUGGAUGAGCAAAAUUCGGCUUCAAAAGGAAACGGCACAGGCGGAUGCGGACCCGGCCGGACAUAUGCAAACGAUAGAAAACAUUGCACCGGCCAUAGCGAUUUAGCAAAAUGA